AUGACCACGGCGGAGAAGACGGAGUACUCACGGGCCAAAACCUCUGUGUGGUGGGACAUAGAGAACUGCGAGGUUCCUAAAGGCUGGGAUGCGCAUGCGAUCGCUCAGAAUGUGAGCUCGGCUCUGUUGAAGAUGGGUUACUGUGGUCCUGUCUCAAUCACAGCCUACGGCGACACCAAUCUCAUCCCUCUCCCUGUUCAGCAAGCUCUUUCUUCUACCGGCGUCACCCUUAAUCACGUCCCCGCAGGAGUGAAAGAUGCGAGCGACAAGAAGAUUCUAGUGGACAUGUUGUUAUGGGCAAUAGACAACCCUGCACCAGCCAACUUCAUGCUCAUCUCCGGUGACAGAGAUUUCUCCAACGCUCUUCACCAGCUAAGCAUGAGGAGGUACACCAUUCUUCUUGCUCGGCCUCCACGUGCCUCUGCGCCGCUUGUCGCUGCUGCUAAAAAUGUAUGGCUUUGGACUAGCCUUGCAUCUGGAGGUCCUCCUCUUACAAGUGUUGAAUCCUCUCUACUUGUUAACAGUGGACGUUGCCAUGUCUCUAACUCUAACUAUCAAGUCUCGAAAGAUCCAGUUUCUAAACCAGCUCUCUUCAGCAAACCAACUGGCUCAACUGAUCACAAAGUCAGAGAAAACAACGUUCCGAGAGGUAAAGCCAAACGUGUACAGGAAGCAGAGGUUUUGGAACCUUUGUUGUGCACUGUUCGCCAGAUCAUCUGCACCAACAAGGAUGGGUAUGUAAAGCACACGUAUGGUAAAAGACACCGACACAACUUGGAACUGCUAUCAGGCAAGUCCGGAAACAUCUCGUGGGGGACAGUUGAGAUUCCUAAGGAGGUUCUUGAGAAGGAGAAGAAGGCGAGUGAAGUUGUCCGAGCUAAACCGAAUGGUGACUUUGCUUGUCGUAUGUGCAAUGUUGUGUGCCAGAGUCAAGUUGUCUUUGCUUCUCAUCUAAGGGGUCAGAAGCAUAUUACUAAUCUAUGUCAAUCAGAGGCACUCACUGAUUCUAAGAAGCUUCAAGAGGAAGGUGUUGGAGCAAAGGAUCAACCAAAAGAAACAAUUGCAGAAGCUAAACCAAGUGGCCGCUAUGAUUGUAGUUUAUGCAAUGUGGUGUGCCAGAGUCAAGUUGUAUCCGAUUCUCAUCUAAGGGGACAUAGGCAUGCUGCUGCCUUGCUGAGUCAAUCAAAGGCACUCGUUGAUUCUAAGAAGCUUCAAGAGAAAGAUGUUGCAGAGAAGGAUCAACCAAGUGAAACAAUCGCAGAGACUCAGUCGCUGUCUCAAACCCCUCAAGAGAAUACCAAGUUCUUGGAGAAGCAAAACGAAGAGUUAAGAGAGACAUGUGGCACCACAGAGAUCAGUGUAAAAGAAUCUUUUCCAUGUACUAAAGACACUGUUAACAAACAGUUCCCAAAUGGAGAGGUUCCUAGAGAAGGAAGUGUCAAGCCUGUAAACCUGUCCCAAGGAGCAAAUAAGCAUUUAAGAGAGGUGAAGAAGAAGCAAAUUGAGAUGAUGGCUGCCUUUGUAGCCAGUGAUGAUGCUCAGUCCAGCGUUUCAACCAAACAUGUAAAGGAAGCAGAGGAUUUGCAGCCUGUGUGGUGCCAGGUCUGCCAGAUAAUGUGCAACAGCAAGGUUGUAUAUGCAAAUCACACAUAUGGGAAAAAACACCGACAUAAGUUGGAAUUGCUAUCGGCCAAGAACGAAAACAUGUCUAAAGGACCAGCCAAGCUUUCCAAGGAGAAUGCAGAGAAAAAGAAGAAGGAACAUGUUGAUUCAAGGAGAACUCGACAAGAAAUUGACCAAGAAAAACCUGGCGAAGCAUUGGAGAAGAAACUCAUUGUGGACUCAAUGAAAAUCCAAGAAGAAAGCGAUCUAGAGAAAGAAACGACCGAGGAGCACACACUUAUCAAUACCGAUGAUCUUGGGCUUCAAGUGGCGCAAGAAGAUAAAGAGGAAGUGAAGGAGAUAAACGCCAUAUCUGAGAACCUAGCGCCUGCCUUCAGUGAACCGAGUCGAGAGUCUAGGAUGCCAAAAGAAUCGAGAGGAUGUCUGGAUGUGAUUCCUGAGAGAGUACAAGUGGCACCAGAUGGGAAUGUGACCGAGAAGUUGGAAUAUGAGUCGAAGCACAAACCUGAGAUUCCAGGACGUAGGGAACAACCAGCUGGAGAGGUUGCAAAAAGGGAAAACGUUAACUUUUGGACACUCUUUUGGGGGAAAAAGAGUUAA